CUGCCUCUGCAGGCCAGGCCUGCGCCUGCCCCAGACCCUAUAAGGCCUGGGAGCUGAAAGCAGAGCCAGCUGCCAGCUGCACCACCCGUCACUCCGAAGGACCCUCACACAGUCCAGCUGCUUAGAGUAUUAACAUGUCUGCUCAAGGGGAAGGAGGCCGGGAGCCCAAACCCAAGGGCAAGACCCUGAGCAGCUUCUUGGGGUUCCUGCCUGGCUUCAGUUCUGCUCGGAACCCAGCGAGAGAGGUCCAGCCAGUCGCUGAUCCUGCAUGCGCUCCUACCCCCCAGGCCCAGGCAGCUACCGACCUGAAGCAGAUGGCAAGGGAGGUGGAGAAGAUGCCGCCGCCUUCAGACAAGAUGACCUCCGGGACAAAGGACCUGGUGUGCUCCACAAUGACCAAAACCAAGGAUGCCAUAUCCUCCGGAGUAGCCAAUGUGAUGGACUCAGCUAAAGGUGUGGUCCAGGGAGGACUCAGCAUGACCCAACCUGUGCUCACAGGAACCAAGGAUGCUGUGGCCAGCGGGGUCAUGGGAGCAGUGGGCAUAGCCAAAGGUGCCAUUCAGACUGGUGUGGACACCACUAAGACGGUCCUGACUGGCACCAAAGACACCGUGUCCACUGGCCUCACAGGGGCAAUGAAUGUGGCCAAGGGCACCGUCCAAACCGGCGUGGACACCACCAAGACGGUCCUGACCGGCACCAAAGACACAGUGUCCACUGGCCUCACUGGGGCAAUGAAUGUGGCCAAGGGCGCCGUCCAAACCGGCGUGGACACCACCAAGACGGUCUUGACUGGCACCAAAGACACAGUGUCCACUGGCCUCACCGGGGCAAUGAAUGUGGCCAAAAGUGCUGUCCAGACCGGCAUGGAUACUUCCAAGACCGUUCUUACGGGAACCAAAGACACCGUAUCCACUGGCCUCACAGGGGCAAUGAAUGUGGCCAAGGGCGCCGUCCAAACCGGCGUGGACACCACCAAGACGGUCCUGACCGGCACCAAAGACACAGUGUCCACUGGCCUCACCGGGGCAAUGAAUGUGGCCAAAAGUGCUGUCCAGACCGGCAUGGAUACUUCCAAGACCGUUCUUACGGGAACCAAAGACACAGUGUCCACUGGCCUCACUGGGGCAAUGAAUGUGGCCAAAAGUGCUGUCCAGACCGGCAUGGAUACUUCUAAGACCGUUCUUACGGGCACCAAAGACACAGUGUCCACUGGCCUCACCGGGGCAAUGAAUGUGGCCAAAAGUGCUGUCCAGACCGGCAUGGAUACUUCUAAGACCGUUCUUACGGGAACCAAAGACACAGUGUCCACUGGCCUCACUGGGGCAAUGAAUGUGGCCAAGGGUGCCGUCCAAACCGGGGUGGACACCACCAAGACGGUCCUGACUGGCACCAAAGACACAGUGUCCACUGGCCUCACCGGGGCAAUGAAUGUGGCCAAGGGCGCCGUCCAAACCGGGGUGGACACCACCAAGACGGUCCUGACUGGCACCAAAGACACAGUGUCCACUGGCCUCACCGGGGCAAUGAAUGUGGCCAAAAGUGCUGUCCAGACCGGCAUGGAUACUUCCAAGACCGUUCUUACGGGAACCAAAGACACAGUGUCCACUGGCCUCACUGGGGCAAUGAAUGUGGCCAAGAGUGCUGUCCAGACCGGCAUGGAUACUUCCAAGACCGUUCUUACGGGAACCAAAGACACAGUGGCCACUGGCCUUACAGGAGCAAUGGGUGUGGCCAAGGGUGCCGUCCAAACCGGCGUGGACACCACCAAGACGGUCCUGACUGGCACCAAAGACACAGUGUCCACUGGCCUCACAGGAGCAAUGGGCAUCGCCAAGGGUGUUGCACAAACUGGCAUGGACACCACCAAAACUGUUCUUACGGGAACCAAAGAUACGGUGGCCACUGGCCUCACAGGAGCAAUAGGCGUGGCCAAGGGUGUUGUCCAAACUGGCAUGGACACCACCAAGACGGUCCUGACUGGCACCAAAGGCACCGUGUCCACUGGCCUCACCGGGGCAAUGAAUGUGGCCAAGGGUGUUGUCCAAACUGGCAUGGACACCACCAAGACGGUCUUGACUGGCACCAAAGGCACUGUGUCCACUGGCCUCACUGGGGCAAUGAAUGUGGCCAAGGGGGCCGUCCAAACCGGCGUGGACACCACCAAGACGGUCCUGACUGGCACCAAAGACACAGUGGCCACUGGCCUCACUGGAGCAAUGGGAGUGGCCAAGGGUGUCGUCCAGACAGGUAUGGAUACUUCCAAGACUGUACUUAUGGGAGCCAAAGACACAGUGGCCACUGGCCUCACAGGAGCAAUGGGUGUGGCCAAGGGCGCUGUCCAGACCGGCGUCGACACCACCAAGACGGUUCUGACUGGCACCAAAGACACUGUGUCCACUGGCCUUACAGGAGCAAUGGGUGUGGCCAAGGGCGCUGUCCAGACCGGCGUCGACACCACCAAGACGGUCCUGACUGGCACCAAAGACACAGUGGCCACUGGCCUUACAGGAGCAAUGGGUGUGGCCAAGGGCGCUGUCCAGACCGGUGUCGACACCACCAAGACGGUCCUGACUGGCACCAAAGACACAGUGGCCACUGGCCUCACAGGAGCAAUGGGCGUGGCCAAGGGUGUCGUCCAGACCGGCAUGGAUACUUCCAAGACUGUACUUAUGGGAGCCAAAGACACAGUGGCCACUGGUCUCACCGGAGCAAUGAAUGUGGCCAAAAGUGUCACACAAACUGGCAUGGAUACCACUAAGACGGUCUUGACUGGCACCAAGGACACAGUGGCCACUGGCCUCACAGGAGCAAUGGGCGUGGCAAAAGGUGUUGCACAAACUGGCAUGGACACCACCAAGACGGUCUUGACUGGCACCAAGGACACGGUGGCCACUGGCCUCACAGGAGCAAUGGGCAUGGCCAAAGGCGCCGUCCAAACUGGCGUGAACACCACCAAGACGGUCCUGACUGGCACCAAAGACACGGUGGCCACUGGCCUCACAGGAGCAAUGGGCGUGGCCAAGGGUGUCGUCCAGACCAGCGUGGAUACUUCCAAGACUGUACUUAUGGGAGCCAAAGACACAGUGGCCACUGGUCUCACCGGAGCAAUGAAUGUGGCCAAAAGUGUCACACAAACUGGCAUGGAUACCACUAAGACGGUCUUGACUGGCACCAAGGACACAGUGGCCACUGGCCUCACAGGAGCAAUGGGCGCGGCAAAAGGUGUUGCACAAACUGGCAUGGACACCACCAAGACGGUCUUGACUGGCACCAAGGACACGGUGGCCACUGGCCUCACCGGGGCAAUGAAUGUGGCCAAGAGUGCUGUCCAGACUGGCAUGGAUACUUCUAAGACUGCUCUUAUGGGAACCAAAGACACAGUGUCCACUGGCCUCACUGGGGCAAUGAAUGUGGCCAAGGGCGCCGUCCAAACUGGCAUGGACACCACCAAGACGGUCCUGACUGGCACCAAAGGCACCGUGUCCACUGGCUUCACUGGGGCAAUGAAUGUGGCCAAGGGUGCUGUCCAAACUGGCGUGGACACUACCAAGACGGUCUUGACUGGCACCAAAGACACAGUGUCCAUGGGCCUCACAGGAGCAAUGGGUGUGGCCAAGGGUGCUGUCCAGACGGGCAUGGACACCGCUAAGACAGUCCUGACUGGCACCAAAGACACAGUGUCUACUGGCCUCACUGGAGCAAUGGGCGUGGCUAAUGUUGCUGUCAAGACUGGUGUGGACACAACCAAGACCAUCCUGACUGGCACCAAAGAUAUGGCGUCCACUGGCUUCACUGGGGCAAUGGGCGUGGCCAAAGGUGCCGUCCAGAGUGGUGUGGGAACUGUACAGAACUGGUUACCUGGCUCUGAGGAAAGCUCCUAUGCUGGAUUCAUCAAUGACAGGGACCUGGACAAAUGUAGGGAAGAUAUUAUCCUGAGCCCCCAGGAGGCUGAAUCUUACAGGGUCUCCCACCUCCCAAACACUCUAUGUGCACACCAGGACCUUCCCAGAGAAGCCACCACCGACAGCCAUGGCCUUCUUUCUACUGUAUUAACAUCCACACAAGGCACCAGCCUGGGCAAGGAAAAUGCUGGGUGUGUAGCUACGACAUGCAGCCAUGAAGGUGUCAUGGGUUUUACGACACUUCCGGAUGAGCUGGAGGAACUGGGGGAGAUCUUCCACCCUAUGAAUGCUGAGGAGCAAGCUCAGUUGGCGGCCUCUGAGCCUGAGCCCCGAGUACCCACAGCAGACCAGAGCAGCUACUUCGUGCGUCUGGGUGACCUGGCCCACAGCUUCCGCCAGCGAGCUUUCGAGCACACCCUGAGCCACCUGCAGCACGGCCAGUUCCAAGCCAGAGCCACACUGGCCCUGCUUGAGGAUUCCUUCAGUCUGAUUGAAAAGGCCAAGCAGGCUCCAGGAGAGCCAUGGCCAGAUCCAGGUCUGAGAGGCAGAGUGGAAAAAGCCGGAAUCCAAGAGAUGCCAGAGUCGGAGACUUUGUCCAGAACCUGUGGACUCAUCCAGCAGCUCCAUGUAGCCUACAGCACCCUGGCCUCUGGCCUCCAAGGUCUUCCGGCUGAGUUCCAGCAGCGUGUGAGGCAAGCACGGCACAGCCUCUGUGAGCUCUAUGGCAUCGUCUCCUCUGCCAGCUCCAUCGCAGAGCUGCCAGCUGAGCGCCUGGCCCAGAGCCGUGAGAGUGUAGGCCAGGCUUGGCAAGGGCUGGAAAAGCUGCUGGAGAGCGUGCAGCACAGCCCCCAACUCAGCUGGCUGGUGGGGCCCUUUGACUUGCACCCCGGUGGGCAGCAGCUGUAGGCCCCCUCAGAGCCUCUCCAGCCUCAAAACAGCCCCAACUCCCCAAGUUCUGGACCCUGCUGGCUGGCGCAAGGAGGACUUUGUGCAUUAAAUGCGCCAUGCUCCCAGCUCUGAGACUGUGCCAUCCACCUUUCUUCCCAAGCUCAGCUGGACCUAGGAGCCCGGGGCUUCUAAGACCAUUAACAGAGGGUCUGCACUUGAAAAUCCUGAGCAAGCACUCCAAUUAGGGAAGAGAAGUGAAAUGUGCCUGAGUCUGGAAGAUUCUCCAUUCAGUAUCCGCCCACCCAAGAACCCCAUUAUCUUUGCAGGGGGCAGGGGUCUUCCACCCUAGUCUGGGCCUUCAGCUACCACCUUAGCGGGUUGUCCUGCUCCUCCACCCUCACUUUAAAGCAUCUACCCUGGUCCUUAGCAAGCACCUUGCACCAGAAUACAGCAGAAUGCCACUGUCAUCCUGAGGCAGGGUCCCACUGCCUCUGCUAACCCCAGUGUGGCUAAAUGAAGGGGCUUCCUGAGGACACAGCCACCAGCAGCAACUCCACUCCAGGCUUUGCAGGGUCCUUCCUUGAGGACUACAUUGCUCAGAGGGUGAGAAGUGUGGUUACAAAUCAAGCCCGUUCCUGUCUCUUCCACUCACCCACCUGUCCUGCCCUGUAGGCCAAUCACAUGAUCAGAACUGAGAUUCUGGUCUCUGAGACACCUGGGCCCAGAGGCUGCUCAUGCCUAAUAAAAGGACUUUUCCACUGGGGACAGGGCCCUAGGGUGUAUGUGACAAAA